CCUGCCUGCUGUCUGUCUUUCCAAUAGAAAAUGGCGCUUGUUGUCUAUUGAACUAAACUUUCUGAAAUUCUUAUUGCAUUCGACAAGUGUGGUUAGAGAAUUUAAUGUUAUAUCUAUAAAACGUGUUUCGAAGGUUUGUUCGUUGACGUAGGUUUAUUUCAGCUCAUAUUAUUACAGAAAAAUGGUGUAAUACUGUUUUGUAUGAACUGCAUUGAGAGCGCGGUAGCCGGACGCAUUCUGUUCGGCCAACAAAUUAUGUUUAUACAUAUUAGGGCCAUAUGUUACGAUUAUUGAAGAUAUUACUCUUGUAAAACAUUUUUAUGCUAAUAAAACUUUGAAUUUGAUGCUCUGAAAAACCCUUCUUGGGUUAGUUGUAAGUUUAACAACAAUGGGUGAAACUGAAGAAUUUAAUACAUUGGCGUUUGAAAAGAAGUUGAUGCAGCUGAAGGAUACUCAGGAGAGUAUCCAAGGGCUGUCUUCGUGGUGUCUGAAGCAGCGGGUACACCACAAGAAAAUAGUUUCUAGUUGGUUAAAUGUGCUCAAAAGAGUGAAGGUGGAACAGCGGCUGGUUUUGUUUUAUUUGGCCAAUGAUGUGAUACAGUACAGUAAGAGGAAGAACUACGAGUUUGUAGAGAGUUGGGGACUAAAUUUACAGAAAGCGACUCCCCUUGUGAGAGAUGAGAAGGUUCGAACAAAGAUAAUGCGUAUCUUCAAAAUUUGGGAGCAAAGAGCUGUGUAUGAUGAGGAAUUUUUGUCUGAUCUCACUGGGCUACUCAGUGCUGGAGCUAUGAAGAAGACUGAUGAUGAAUCCUCGGACUUUCAACCGCAACAACUGGUAAACAAAAUUAAGCAGUGCACGGUUUUGGAGGCGGACACUGAUCUGAGACUGAAAUACAUACACGACAACCAUCUACAGUUGUCUGACCCCGAGGCAUUGUGUGCUACUUUAAAAGAAAAAAGUAAUAAGGAAGAAGUGGAGAAAGAGUUGAACGAAGGCAUAGCAUGCGUGGAGAAGUACACACAAGCACUGCAAAGAGAGAUUGUCGCGAGAGAAGCAUUGCUAGCGUUGCUGAGUGCGGCAGACCAAUAUUAUCAGACUCAGAGGGGGGAAGUCAAAGUGGUUGCUUAUGCAUAUAAAAAUUUCGGCGCUCGAGUGCGCGUGCUCAAACGCAAACUGGACGAGUUGAUACCGAGCUUGCCGCGCGGAGCCCCGUCCCCCCCGCAGCGCGACGAGGACGUGCCGUCGCCCGGGCCCGACGAGGACAUUGACCUGCCCGCGCCCGACACACACGACGGCGAUGAUGACAUUGCAUACAACAUAGACCGCACGUUCAACUCGUCAUUGGCAGCGGACGGCUCUCUGUACAAUCUGGGAUUGUCGUCAUUCCUCACUUCAGACAAUCCCUUGGCUUUGUUCAACGAGACGGCGGACUCCAACAAUGGGAAUGCUAACAAAAUAGAAGUGAUAAACUCGAGGCCUUCAGAGAAACAAGACUUCAACAUUAAUGAGUUCCUAAAGACUCUAAUACCAAAUGACAGUAACACAGUGAACUCUGAUAAUAAUUCUGUAACCAGUGGUACAAUGUCCCAAAAGUCCCAAGACGCCUUGCCCGGGUUGGACCUGCUCACUCCGGACAGCACGGGGAAUCCCCCACCUCCCACGUCCUUCUAUGGCACUAUGGCGGACGCUGUUAUUGUCGACGAGCCAGAUCCUCCGUACCUUCCAGAAAAUACCGGCCCUUGGAAUAGUAGUACUUGGAUGCCGCGCGCGGCGCCGCUGGCCGACACGCCGGAGUCGCCGCCGCGCGCGCCGCCGCCGCUCACGGUCACACGCACAUACACACAGAAAUUACCACCACCUUCGGACGUGGACCAACGCGGCAUUCUACCGCCGCCACCGCCGCCGCCCGUGCUGCCGAUGUUGGGACAUAUGGAAGAUGUGGAUCACAGGUUCUUACCCAGCGUUCCCCCGCCCGUGCCGCCGCCCAUCAACCCAGCUCUCAACAGACAUCCAGCUCCUCAACAAGAUGUAGAUCAUAGGAAUUUAAUAUCUUUAACGCACCAGUUGCCUCCGCCGAGACAGGUCCAUCCAACACCUAGACCUAUGGGCCCGCCUCCUAUUAAUUUAGAUCAAGACUACAGAGUACCGCCCACGAUUCCACCGAGCGAUAUAGUGGAGAGUAUCGACAUGGACUUGUCGGAAGAUGAGGACCAACAAGGCGUCUACCCCAACCAGAACCCUAACGACAAUCGCCGCAACAGUUGCAACAAGGUUUUAGUCGGCGGCGACAACGGAACGACAAACCACAAGGAACCCAACCACAACCUCAUACAGAUCAACCGAAAAUACGACGAGAAACCAGCUUUGAACUCCGCACCCAGUCAUCCGCUCCCCAACCCGUUCGAGAACAUGCCGCCGGGGUUAAAAUUCAAUAUGCCGUUCCCGGAACGAACCCAAUUUGAAGACGACGUGUACGAUGAAGACUUGAGAAGCAGAGGGUUAGAAAAAAGCCCAAUAAGGGACAAAUCUCCAGAAUUUGACGAGUACGAUGAGUACCCUAAUCAAGGCGCCAGACAGUUGAACGAACGAGUGAACCAACGGUUCCCAAGGAAUUGGGGUCCAAGGACGUUUCGGCCCCAGUUUGCACCGCAGUUCUGGCCUCGCUCAAAUGCCAUGAGACCGCCUAAUAGAUGGGCCGGGCCGAGGCAACCAAGGUUUUAUUGAUCUGUGAUAGUGCGUAACAGUGUCAGAUUUUGGAGUUGAAAUUGUGACGUGUGAAUUAUUUCUCGGACCGUAAAUAGAAGUGGUGAAAAUCCUUGAAAUUGUGAAUAUUGCAAAAACCAUUCAUGAUUUUUUUUUGUGAGUGUUUCGGAAAUCGAGUAGGUAAUAUAAAUUGUAUGUAACAGGAUAUGUAGCAAGAUUAACGGAUAUAACGCAAGUUUUGUGAUUAAUGAUCGGAUUUGCAAAGAUUAUACACAUUAAGUAACAAAUGUAAAAAAUGGUAGCUCCUGUUAACGCCUCUUAAAAAUAUGCUACCAUACAAGAAAAAUUAAUAAUAAUUUUUAAAAUCUAUCAGUUUCCCAUAGUAUGAUGGCAGGCCUCUACGGCAUAAGGGUAGUGUGCUUGACUGUGACACCAGAGGUCCCCCGGGUGCGAAUCCCGGCCAGGGCAUGAUGAGAAACGAUUUUUUUCCGAUUGGUUCUAAAAUGUUUAUCUUCUAUAUAAGUAUUAAAUAUAAAAUAUAGUAUUGUUGAGUUAGUAUCUCUCAACACAAGUCUGGAACUUACUUAGAGGCUGACUCGAGCUGUGUAAUUUGUUCCAUACAUAUUUUAUAAUUUAUUUACACAAAUUACCUCAUGGAAAACUGAUAGACUUUUUAAAAUCUACUGCAACAUCUGUUGAGAAGACGUAUAACAGAAUGUAUAAAAGGUUGUACGCUUUAGAAGCCAAUGAACUCAUCAGUUUGAAUAUUUCUUUUUGUUUAUAGGCAAAAUAGAUAAACAUGUUACACCUAUGUAACAGUUUAAAUUUAGCAAUAGUUGAAUAUAGCAACGGAAAUAGUCUAUUGAAUUUGAUAGAGAAAAUGGUUUAUGCUUGUCAAAUACAGACUGACAGAAAGAUUUAUCCGUUAUGUAUGUAUAGAAUAUUGUUUUGUGUGUAAUAUAGAAAAGUAUAGUAUAAAGUUUUACUCUUUUUUGAGUUUAUAUCACGUUGAAAAUGCGUAAUAUGUAUGAUGUAAAAUAAGUAUGUAUUUUCAUACAUUUUUCCUUCUAGUCUAUAGACGCCCGUUAUGGAAACUGACUGUUUUAAUUUGUUAUAAAUUAUGAUAUUUUAUAAAUGAAAUAAUAUAUAAAUAGAGCAUUGACUUGGCCGUGACACUGGUUUGUGUGAUUUGUCAUAUAUUUAUGAGGUUCAUUCAAAUUGAUCACAAAUGCAGGGUGAUUUUGAAUUAAUACUUUUAUUAUAGACUUUGCUCAUGAUUGUAAGUUGUUCAAACCUAUCAUUUGAAUUAAUAUUUGCACAAAUAGAGGGUCAAAACUACGCAUUGCUGGAAAUUAAAAAAAGAAAAUAUAAUAAUUACUUUUUAUACCUAUGCUUCCAUAACUCUAGAAUCAUGGGAAGACUCCAAAAUUAAAAGACUCGAAUGAAUUCAAUGUCAACCUGCAUAUUAAGGAACUUUUUCUAAAGAAUGUAUAAUGAAAUGGAAAUAACAUAACCUUUCAUAUUACAAAAUCUAUAUUAUAUUUAGAAAAAGUAACAUCUAAUGUUAGACAAUUUAAGUGUCCUUGACUGAAUUUACUAACAAAAUAUAUACCCAAUUUGUAUAGAUCCUUUGUAAAUAUCUCAUAAGAUUUUAAACGAAAAUGAUAAGUCAACAAAAACAUCUUUAUCCUUGUCUUACAACUCGGUUGAAGUAAGAUAGCGAUAUUACAUUUUUGAUUGGCUUACAAAUAACUUGUUAAAAUAGUCAGUUUUGUAAAUUAUACUAUAGGCACUCGCUUUUGUCCUCAGUUUGACGGUAAAUAAAUAUAAAUAGGUUUGCUUCUUGCUUAUUCAAAUAAAGCUUAACAAUGA